AUGCCUGACUUCAGCUCAGAAUAUUCCAAGCUUUGUUAUUCCUCGGACCCCGCCCGCCUCCUCUGCCAGCUGCGGGACUACGUCUACGCCUGCUGCCACCAGUUGGAGUUCCUAAAGGCGCAGUGUUCUAGGAAGGCAUCUGAGGGUGGAUGGCAGGAUUGUGAAUAUGGCCAAGAUGCCAAGACUCCGUCCCCCCUCCAGGCCUUCCUGACUGACGCCCCCAACUCCAAGCUCAAGACGCAUCCCUUCGACCCGCGCAACAUCUGCCUCAAGAGCCGUGUCAACAUGGGAUUCACAAAGGAAGAUUUGCCUAAACCUCACGAAACUGGCAAGCAUAUUUCCACCAUCCUCUCUCCCACCUGCGGCGGCGAGGGUCCCCUGCUGACGCUGUCCUCUUACCUCAACUGCCUCACCCAGCGGACGCCGCGCACCACCGGGGAGCUUGUGUCUUUCUUCCACCAUUUCGGGAACGAGCUGCACGAUGCGUCUCUCAAGUUGUCUCCACUGGGCUCCGCCCUCCACAAGCCACAUCCUCACUGCCCCGACUGGGACCGCCUUGGUAACUCCCACCUUCGAGUCAUCAAGGACAUCCGAGGCUCCGACCCUCCCACCUCCAACCACGACCAUGCCAAGACCCUGUCCGCACUGGUUGGCUGCAGCACUAAGCAUGGUUCUUGCCCACAACACUUGUCGCCCAUCACCUACCGGGCCUACGCCCUGUACUCCACGGCGUUCGUCCACCACUACCUCAGCUGGGUGGUCCACCUAACCGACAGACUGUGGGAGUCACUGACCAAGCUGCACUGUGAUCUCGAGGAACUUCAAUGUCACGCCGCCAAGCCCAAGCCCCUCCACCAGUGUGACAAGGCGCUGCCCCUCCUCUACACUCACGGCCUCACCCCGCCGGACGGGACACUGCAGCCUUCACUCACGUGUUCACAGUUCAUCGCCAAGUUGGAGGCAGUGGUCGCCGGACAGCCUAUCGCAAGCCUCAUGACCGCCAUGGACCUUUUCCUUUACGGCAUCCGGGAGCCCUUCCUCUUCACCAUCGUCGCACUCUGGCUCACCGCCACGCUCUACAUCGCCCACUCACUACUCUACCGCAUGGACGUCCUGCGCAUCCGCUCCCACCUUCUCACCACCAGGGCCUCUCACCUCAUCGACGUCAAGGCGCUGCUCGCCGGAAGCCGCAGGAUGCUCUCGCUCUACAAGGACGUCGACUACUUCGACGACGACUUUCACUCUUGA